AUGUGCGGCCCUGCGAGUAAUUUUUUAUUUUACCACUGCCUUGUGCCAGGCCGCAUUACCAUGAGCUUGCCUCUGAAUCCCAAGCCCUUCCUGAACGGGCUGACAGGGAAGCCGGUGAUGGGGAAGCUGAAGUGGGGGAUGGAGUACAAGGGCUACCUGGUGUCUGUCGACGGCUACAUGAACAUGCUGCUUGCAAACACAGAAGAAUACAUAAAUGGUGCAUUGUCAGGGCACCUUGGUGAAGUUUUGAUAAGAUGUAACAACGUCCUGUACAUCAGAGGAGUAGAAGAUGAAGAAGAUGGAGAAAUGAGAGAAUAAGUUUUUAUAUUUCUGGAAA